CGGUCUCUACGGUCCAAGGUGACCUCCACGGUCUGCGCCGCCACCAUUCGCUCUGCCUCCAUGGUCUCCACGGUCUGAGCCGCCAGCAUCGAGGGGGAGGGACACGAGCGGAUCCGAGGCGGCCUCCACGGUCUGCGCCGCCACCAUCCGUUCUGCCGCCCUUCGCUCCACUUCGAAGGUAAGGAAACACUGGUCGUCCUCUACUCCGAAUCCGAAUCUGAAACAGUGGACGACUUCACCUUCGUCGACGCCCAGCAGCCUCCUAGUCUAGUAUCUGCAGGAGGCGGCGGUUUCAUAGGCCUGCCGCUGCUGUACCCAGUCUUGGCCGGCCGAGAUCCCCUCCGCGGGCUGCUCCGGAGACGGCCACCACGCGGUAUGAGCAUGAUCCACUUGACCAGCUGCUGGUACUCCAGCGCGUGUACUGCUUGCCAUUGCCUGGCACAUAGUGCCAGCACGCGUGUGCUGUCGGCCAAGGCAACUGCCAGGCACAUACUGCAAGCACAUGCUUGCCAUUACUUACUCCAAGAUUUAUAUUUUGUUGAAGAGAGAUUCUGGGCACCAGGAGGGAAGCAACUGCCAUGGCUGGCUACUUGCUUUUUACUCUGUUGGUCUGGCUACUUGCUGUUUGGUCUGAAGCUUAUUCAUCUUGUGCUACUUGCUUUUUGCUCCGUUGGUUAGCUCUUAGUUGCUACCUGUUGUAGCUGGGUUUUUAUAUAGAGCGUAAUAGCACAUGAUAUGUUUGUCUAAAUAUAUUGAAUCUCAGUCUACAAUUUCUUAUUAAUCUGAACUUGUAAAUUAUUUGAAUAUUUCUCACUGUAUUGACCCUACUAUAUUCUUCAACGUUGCUAUAUUAUAUGA